AUGCCAGGUCGUCACAAGAGCAAAAAAUGCCACCAGGCCCAAAUUGAGCCUCAGAGUUGUGGCAAUGCUCAGGCCACUGCAGCAGCAGCAAAAGAGUUCCCUCCUUCCUUCUCUACUCAGUGUGAAGGUAUUAGCCAGGGUCUGCCUGUGGGUGGGUCAUUGAACAUUUCCCAGGGUCCUCAAUGCUCACCAACCACCCCCAACUCUUUUGUAGCUAUUGCUGGCCCUGAAUCUGAUAAAGCUUCCAGCAGCCAAGGUGAGGAUGAGGCUGACUCCUUUGCGGCCCCACUCUCAGUGGAGGAUGAUUUUGAAAAAAGGACUGAGGCUUUGGAGCUAUUCUUUCUGUCAAUGUAUGAGGUGAAAAAGCCCAUUCAGAAGAAAGAUGUGCUGCGUUUUGUCGGGGAAGAUUACCAAGACCGAUUUUGUGAGAUGCUCAAGAAAGCCUCUGAUGAAUUGGAAAUCAUCUUUGCAUUAUACAUCAAUGAAGUCGACUCAAAAAAUAACUCCUAUGCCCUUGUCAGCAAGCUGAAACUCCCCAAUAAUGGGAGGGUGCGUCCUGGCAAGGGGUUCCCCAAGACAGGCUUCCUGAUGCAUAUCCUGAGUUUGAUCUUCAUGAAUGGCAACUGCGUCUCUGAAGAAGUCAUCUGGAAUGAUCUGCGUGGAAAGCAAGUGUACCCUGGGAGGAAGCACUGCAUCAUUGGGGAUCCCAAGAAACUCCUCACCGAUUUCGUGAAGUUCAAGUACCUGGAGUGCCACCAGGUGCCCCACAGUGAUCCUCCACGCUCUGAGUUUUUGUGGGGUCCAAAAGCACACCUUGAAACCAGCAAGAUGGAAGUGCUGGAGUUUUUUGCAAAGGUUAAUGGUACCCACGUCAGGGCCUACCCAUGGCAUUAUGAAGACGCUUUGAGAGAUAAGUUAGAGAGAGCCCGAGCCAGAGAAGCAGCCAGGGCUGCCACUACUGCCCAAAUCAGAGCAUCUCUCAGGGCCAUGGCCAGUACAACCUUUCCACCCAUAGAGAAAUCUAAAGCUUGUUGUCCUUCACACCAGAAUGUAUAA